GGGCGGGGCCUCCCAGCCUGCCCCGCGCGGCCUGAGGCGAGCGCGGCCCGUUCCCGUCGCCGCCUCCGCCAUGUCCGAGUUCGGCCCCGCGCCGCCCCCUCCGCCUCAACCGGGGGCCGCUCCCUCCGCCCCUCCCUCAGCCGGGCCCGGGGCCGGCCCGGGAGGAGGAGGAGGAGGAGGCGGCGGCAGCGGCGGCGGAGGCGGCGGCGGAGGCGGCGGCGGCGGUGGCGGCGGCGGCGGAGGAACGGGACGGAAAGACGCGUUCGCCGACGCGGUGCAGCGAGCUCGGCAGAUCGCGGCCAAAAUCGGGGGGGACGCGGCGCCGCCCGUGCCCAACAACAGCGCCCCCCCCCCCGAUUUUGGGGCUUUUGGGGGGCAAAAACGGCAGCUGGAGGAUGGAGAUCAGCCCGAGAGCAAGAAACUGGCGGCGCAGGGGGAAGUCAUCGGCCGAGGGGGGGAACAGAUCAACAAAAUCCAGCAGGACUCGGGGUGCAAGGUGCAGAUUUCCCCAGACAGCGGCGGCUUACCGGAGCGCAGCGUGUCCCUGACGGGGUCCCCCGAGUCCGUGCAGAAGGCCAAGGCGCUGCUGGACGACAUCGUGUCGCGGGGCCGGGGCGGCCCCCCGGGGCCGUUCCCCGACGCGGCCAACGGGCAGAACGGCACCGUGCAGGAGCUGAUGAUCCCCGCGGGCAAGGCGGGGCUGGUCAUCGGCAAGGGCGGCGAGACCAUCAAACAGCUCCAGGAACGAGCAGGGGUAAAAAUGAUCCUGAUCCAAGACGGUUCCCAAAACACCAACGUGGACAAACCCCUGCGCAUCAUUGGGGAGCCCUACAAAGUGCAGCAAGCCUGUGAGAUGGUGCUGGACAUCCUGAGGGAGCGGGACCAGGGAGGAUUCGGGGACCGCUCGGACUACGGAGCUCGCCUGGGAGGGGGAAUCGACGUGCCGGUGCCGCGGCACUCGGUCGGCGUCGUCAUCGGCCGCAGCGGGGAAAUGAUCAAAAAGAUCCAGAACGACGCCGGGGUGCGCAUCCAGUUCAAGCAAGACGACGGCACGGGGCCGGAGAAGAUCGCGCACAUCAUGGGACCCCCGGAGCGCUGCGAGCACGCGGCGCGCAUCAUCAACGAGCUACUGCAGAGCCUCAGGAGCGGCCCCCCCGGACCCCCCGGGCCGGGGCUGCCCCCGGGGGGGCGUGGCCGGGGGCGGGGCCAGGGCAGCUGGGGCCCCCCCGGGGGGGAGAUGACUUUCUCCAUCCCCACCCACAAGUGCGGCCUGGUCAUCGGCAGAGGGGGUGAGAACGUCAAGGCCAUCAACCAGCAGACGGGGGCGUUCGUGGAGAUCUCGCGGCAGCUGCCCCCCAACGGGGACCCCAACUUCAAACUCUUCGUCAUCCGCGGCACCCCCCAGCAGAUUGACCACGCCAAGCAGCUCAUCGAGGAGAAAAUCGAGGGCCCUCUGUGCCCCGUUGGCCCCGGCCCCGGCCCCGGGGGUCCCCCCGGCCCCGCCGGCCCCAUGGGACCCUUCAACCCCGGACCCUUCAACCAGGGCCCCCCCGGAGCCCCCCCGCACCCGGGGGGACCCCCCCCGCACCAGUACCCCCCCCAGGGCUGGGGGAACGCGUACCCCCAGUGGCAGCCGCCCGCCCCACACGACCCCAGCAAGGCGCCGGCGCCGGACCCCAGCGCGGCCUGGGCCGCCUACUACUCGCACUAUUACCAGCACCCGCCGGGGCCCGUGCCCGCCCAGCCCCCGCCCGCCGCCCCCCCCGUGCAGGGAGAGCCCCCCCAGCCCCCCCCCGCCGGCCAGGCCGACUACACCAAGGCCUGGGAGGAGUACUACAAGAAAUUGG